UCAGAAUAAAAUUCAACAGUCACGAUUGAAUGAGUAUAAAAAUGUCUUUCGUCAUACGUUCAGUCCUCCUACUUUUAUUCGUUUUCUGUUGGAGUGGUAUUUGCAAUGGAGCUCCCGCGAGUGUAGACGAUUUUUAUCUGGGAACGGAGAAGGUUUCUCGAGACGACGCAGUUGUGCUUUGUCAAGAACGAUCUAUGGAACUUGUUAGCAUUCAAGAUUCUGAGAAAAAUGAAGCUAUUUACGAAUUAUUGAAAAAACAUGAUAUCAAUUAUCCCGUUUGGACAUCUGGAUAUCAAAGUUCCAAUGGAUCAAUCUGGACCUGGUUGAACGGAGGAGAAUUCAAAUAUUUCAACUGGGGUCCAGGAGAGCCUAAUUCUGCUAGAGGCAACGAGAGUUGUUUGGAAGUGUUCAAAAAGAAUACCGAAGUUUUAUGGAACGACCAACCAUGUGAAGAUAAGCGUGGUUUCAUUUGUGAAAAAGUACAAAACGAAUGUGAGACAGAAUUAGUUAGUGUCAGCGUUAAUGAGAAUGUAUGCUCCAUAAGCGCAUCUGAACCAAAUAUUCCUGCUAAGAAGUUCUAUCUUAGUACACAAAAGGCAACGUAUGCCCAGGCAUUGAAAAGUUGUUCUGACAUGUUCAUGCAACUUGCUGAAUUACGGAAUGAAGAAGAAAAUAACGCCUUAUACAAAGUGAUGCACGGAAUAGCAACAACCCCAUACUGGACUGCAGGACACAGAAACCCUGGUGGUAGCUGGGAAUGGUUGAACAACGAACCUAUUACUUAUUUCAACUGGAGAGCAGGAGAACCCAAUUCCGCCUCAAACGUAGGAGCCUGCCUCGAAGUUUUCGUUUCAGACAAAACCUUAUUAUGGAAUGAUCAAAUUUGCUCCGACGAACGCUUUUUCGUUUGCCAAAAAGUAGAUCCUGUUGUGCAAAUAGCUGUGAAAGGAAAACUUACUCUUCCUAGUGGAUCAGGAAACAAUCAGCAGAAAGACUGUUCUGUGGUUGUGAAAAAUUUGUAAUUGGAUAUUGUUAUAGUUUUUUUUUUAAAUGAAAUCUUGAAAGAAAAUCAAUAAAUCGUGAAAUUGUUCUGCUUA